UUGAAAAGACGCUCAAACGCGGCGUACCUUUUUUUCUAAAGCGCUAUGCGGUGUUGAUUAAUCGGUUAUUUAAUUUAAUUAUAAGUACAGUUGAUCGCGUACAGUAAUUUACUUUGUACGUGAUGAUAAAUCAACAUUAUUGAAAAUGUUGACUGUUAUUUUGAUUACAAUAAGAAACGUCAAUGGUUUUAAGUGAAGGUCUUUCUGUGAAUGAUUGCAGUUUGAGGUUAUAAAGAUUGGCGUAUCUUUUGUUUAAAGUGCAAAUGACAAACAUCUAAUUUAGUGAAGAAAACAGUUUAUCUAACAAAAAUGAACUUUACCGACGAAACUAAUAUUCAGGUUUCGUUACCACAAUUUUCGGAAAUAACAUCUCGAUCUAAUUCAGGUGCAUAUAUUUCGAGUAACGCUGAUUUGCAAGCAGCUGCAAAUGCUAUUUACACAACUGCAACUGCAUCAAAUCAAUCUAAACAUCAACAAUUACUAGUAAAUUCUUCAAACAAAUACCCUGGAUCAAUUUUAACUUGGCCCGAUUCAAAUACAUUAAUUCAACUUUGCGAAAAACAAGGCAUUCAAUCCAUCAAUAUCCCUAACUAUUCUCAAGCAGUCAGUAAUAAUGCUUCAAUUUUAAGCCUUCAAUCAAACAGCCUCCCACUAAGAAUAAUUCCAAAUAUAACAGAAAUAAAAACUGAUAAUGAGCCUGGAAACUCAAAUUCGGCAAACUCUCAAAUACAACUUCAACAACAAACAGUAACAAUGACGGAGUAUCUUCAAAAAUUGCAAGCAACAACAUUACCACUUGCAACAUUACAACAAUUAAUUAAAAUGCAAGCAGAACAGGUGAAAAAGGAGAAAGAAGAUGAGCAGAAAAUUGAACAAACACAAAGCAGCAUUCUUAAUAUUCCCAGUGUUGCUGGUUUUCGAAAUUCUCAUUUACAGAAUGGAAGUCAUUUUAUGACUCCCGAUCAUAUGAUGAUAGCAAUAAAUCCUAGUGAUUUAAAUGUUCACAUCGAGGGUCAUUCAGAAAGUGACAAUAGUUCACAAACGGUCAUUGUUGAUCAACAAAUACAAACAGAAUCACCGAAGCCUGAAAAAAAGAUGAAAUUUAGAGCGAAAACUGGCGAGAUCAAAAUCACAAUGGCUAUAGACGGUUCAACACUUUACUGUUGUCCAGAAUGUAAUCUCGCAUUUGCCGAUAAAAGUGAAAUUGAACAACACAUUCAAGGCCACAUACAAGAGAGAAAAUAUCAAUGCAAAGAAUGUGGGGCAAUGCUUAAAAGAAAAGAACAUUUGGAUCAGCAUAUGCGUGGUCAUUCGGAUGAAAGGCCAUUUAAAUGUCCAGUUUGUCAAAAAGCAUUUAAACGAAAUGAACAUUUAACGAGGCAUUUUGUUAUUCAUUCAGGAGAUAAAAAUUUCACCUGCAAUGUGUGUCACAAGGCUUUUUCAAGAAAGGAUCAUUUAAAUAAACACGCGCAAACACAUUUGGGUAUUAAGAGAACUAAAGCGAAGACAAAAGAAUUGUUAUUCACUGAUAGAGAUUCUCUUGAUAAGAUUGCCGACAUGUCCAAUGCCAUUCCUAAACAAGAUGUGAAUUUUAUUUUGAAGGAUGGUACUUUUAUUAAACAGGAAAAUACUUUACUUCAACAUAUUCAAAAUUUUUCGGCACUUAAAGAAGCAAGUAUUUUUCAACAGCAAGCCGUCAACAUGAAUGAAAUUUUACCACAAAACACCAGGUAUUUAAUGCCAUCUUAGUUUUAGGAAAAUUCUCUUUUUUUAAAGGUUAUUUGUCCUGAAUCUAUAAAAAAAAAUUCCUCCAUAUUUAAAACUUUGUAAAUCUUUUUGCAAAGAUAAAAAAACUAAAGUGAAUCAGAGUUUUUAUUCGUGAUUAUAUUUAAAAGAAAACCAGUCAUAAUUAUGUGGUUGAUGUUUAUAAAAAAAAAGAAGAGUAUUUUGAAAGGUCCAUUUUAGCCUCUUAAAAAUUUAAUAAAGAUUUCGUUACAUCUAAGGUAUCAUUAUAGGAGUAAAUAUUUUCUAAUAUUAAAAUGAAUAUUAGAGUGAGAAUAAAUUAUGUGAUAGUUGUGGCAAAGUAUCCAAAAGAUGUGAACCAAAUCUUGACUGAUGCUGAAGAUUUCGAAACGAUUAUUAAUUUCUGUCAUGUAUAAUAAGAAAUUUUUUUUUUUUUUUAGUUUAGAAAACAUUUUAUUUUAAAUUUUCUAUUAAAAAGAAUCGUUUUGAAAGUAAUUAACCCUUGAGUGCCCAAGGUUAGGUAAAUUGAAAUGAGGAAUAAAAAAAAUAAUACGAUUAAUCCAUUAUAUUUUGCACAAAGUCCCUGAUGAUUAAUUUUUAAAAAUUAUGGUACUUUGUAAUAAUUUUUUUAGUAAAUGGAAAAUAUUUAAAAGAACAUAAAAUUAGUCUUAAAAGUAUAAGAAAAAAUUAUUGGUUCAGUUUGACAAAAUUUUUUAUUUUUAAAUUCUUCCAUAUUUAAAAAUGUAAACUAAUCUAAGUGAAAUAAAUGAUUAAUUACAAUAAUCCAUAAAGUUUACAUUUUUAAAUACUUGAAUCAUUUAAAAAUAAUAAAUUUGGUCAAUUUCGACAAUAAUUUUUUUAUACUUUAAAAAUUAAUUUUUAAUUGCAUUUUUUUUGCUGGUGAAACGGUUUGAAACAGAAUGUCCGAAGUAUUAAACUAUUUUUAUAAAAUUAAAUCUAGAUAAAGAUUAAAAUAUAGAUAAGUAAAUAAAAAAGGAAAAAAUAUAAAUGAAGAAAAGUCAUAUUUAUAAUUAUUAACAAAACAGUCCAUUAAUUAUAAAUGGAAUCAUUUAAUUAUAAUCAGGUUUUUCUUUUGAUAUUAUUAAAAUGAAUGCAUCGGUUCUCGUCACUGUCUUAGUUACUGGAAAUUUUGUUAAAAAUUCCAGAAGUACUUUAAAAAAAAAAUUGAAUAUAUUUUUCAAUUAUAAAGAAUUAUUUUUAUGUAAAUAAUAUAUGGAAUAAAAAUUAUUUCAAUAUAUUGCUUUAAAUUUUUAAAUUACUAAAUGUGACGAUAACUGAAGCUAAGAUGCUGAUCAGUUGAACAAAGAAUCAGAACAAAAGUUAGGUGAUAAAAAUUUGCUACAUCAACUAAAAUAUUUGCUAGAAUUUCUAAAAAAGUUAGCUGUGAUAGAUAAAAAAAAAAUACUAAUUUUAUUCCCACAGCAAAUUUAUUCGCUGUUUUUUUUUGUAAACAAAUUUUAUCGUGGCAGCUAAAAGUUUGCUGCCAUAGAAAAUUUUUUCUAUGCGUGUAAUAUUUGAUUAAAACAAAAGAGAUUUUUCUCGAGUGUAAAAUUUUUUCAUUGGGCACUAAAGGGUUAGUAGUCUCCGGUGAAUCUUGUAUAAAUUUGUAGAAUUUAUUCUUUAUGAAUGAAUAUUGGGUAAAUGCCUUAUACCCGCUUUAAAUUAAUAAUAUUAUAAUGUAAUGAUUACACCACUGGCUGUGAGCAGCUAAACAAUAGAUCGCUCUACUGCUUGCUCUUCGUUAUUCUUUUACGUAAUAACGCAAAUCGUCUAUUUUAUAAUUUUAAUUAUGUAACAUUAAUUAGAUAAAAAUUUAAGAUGCGUAUAUGAAUAUUGUACUAUAUUGAACAUUAUGGGAAGAGAACAAAUUGAAAGAUAUUAUUAAUUCAUAAUGUAUGAUAUAGAAAUAAAUUCUUAUGCGAUUUUUUUUUUUUUGGUAAUAAUUAACGAAAUGCAUUCUUAUAGACAGUGGCGUAACAACUAAGUAAAAAAUUUAAAGACUAAUACCCAGAAAAAAAAAUAUAUUUUCCCAUAAAGCACAUGAUAUUUCCUAAAUAUUUCUUGAAUAUUUCAUUUAAAGAUUUGAAAUAUUUCAAUGCGAAUUUCUUGAAAUAUUGCUAAAAAAAAAACAACGCAUAGUUUUUCUCUCUUUUCUUUUAUGAAAAGAGAGAUUCGCGAUGGCAGCACUAAUAUAAAGAAAUUUUCUCUAAAUCAAAUGAAAUUUUUUUUAAUUAAAUAAAUAUUAUAAUUUUAUUUCAUUAAAUAAAAUAUGCUUUAAAGAAAAUUUUUUUAUAUCAAAUCAAAGAAAUAAUUUUAUAAUAAAAAAGAAUAUUUAAUUUAUAAUUUUAGGGAUUUAAUAACCCUAUGAACGGCAGUUGAUGCGCCACUGAAUUUAUUUUUUUAAUACUAAUGAAAAUUUAAUUUUGUUGAAUUUUGUAAGAAUUUUGCUAAACAAAAUGCGAAAGUUUUGUUUCUGCUUUUUUUCAUUUACAAUUAGUGCGCAACGAAUUUCCAGAUGUAGCCACUUUUUUAAACAAUUAAAAAAGAGACAGUUUUUUUUCAACAGAAUCUAGUCUAUACGCGGUUACACGAUUAUAAGAUUAAAGUGUGUGGUUGAUCCUAAAUAUUUAGGAUCUUUAUUCCUUGCUCGUGAUUAGUAAAUUUUUAAUGAAAUUUCUUUUCCUCUAGGCGUACUUAUAAAUAAUUUAGCGUAUAUAUAUUAUAUAGUUUAUCUUUUAAGAUUUGUGAACCAAUUUGGUAUAAAUUUAUAAAGUAGACAUAUUCUAUAAGUUUUCUACGUUUUUAAAAUUAUUGUUUAUAUUAUUAUUAUUAUUAUUACUAUUAUUAUUAUAGUCCGUCAGUUGAUCGAGACGAAUGUGCAAAGAAGAGUCACAUAAUGCUAACUGACUGCCAGUAAUCGUUACCAUAAAAGAUAAUUUAAUGAGAUUAAUCAUGUAAAUAAGAACAUGAUGUAAUGAACUUUGUUACGCAAUUUUUAAUUUUAAUAUUUUCGGAUGAUGUUAAAGUUUACAACGUUUAUAAUCAACGAUUUUUAAAAGAAAUAUUUUUUUUGAAUGAAAAAUUGUAUGAAUUUUCAUCUCAAAGAUAUUUCUUUGCAAUAUUUAUUAGUCAACAAAUUAUAAAAAAGCAUUUUAUAAUUUUCUAUUUUAAAAAAUAAUUUGUUUUCUAAUCGUUGAUUAUAAAAGUUAGACUUCAGCAUCGUAAUUUUCGGUCAUUUUAAUUUUACAGUUUUUAAUAAUUUUAAUUCAGUUGUUUUUUUUUCAUGUUGGUGAUAUAGCAUUUUUAUUUGUAUAAUUUCUAGAAAUGUUCCAAAUUAAGCUAAAAGCUAUUAAAAUAUUUGCAAAAAAAGAAAGUUCAUUAGAAUAGUCACAGCAACUAAUAUAAAAAGAUAUAAAUAAUUUGUAUAUAAUGAAGUUUACAAUCUGGAAAUUAGUUUCUAAUAAUUUAUUGACUUAGGAGAUAUCCGUUUCUUUAAAGUGAAAUAUUGUACAAACCCGUAAGGCUGAACAUUAACAAUUGACAUAAUAUAUUUUGUCAAUUGAUUAAUCAUAUCACGUAAUUACGUCAUACGUGUCCACGUGUAUAAAUAAAUGUCAACUGUGCGAUAUUUAAUGCUUUUCUUGGUUCUUAAAUGCAAUUUUAUAUGUAUUCACAAAUACAUCAUUUUUAAUUGGUACUUUAGAUUUUUUCAGUCAUUAAAAAUUAAAUUGAUCUCAGUAAAUUAAGGUUAUUUUUUUUUUAUUUUAUCAUAUAUAAAAUUUAUUAUUUUAAGUUUAAAUUAUAAGUCCUAAAUUUUUGUUUAGUGAUCUUUAAAUUAUAAUUUCAGAUAUGAUCUUUAAAUUACACGUCUUCUGCAUUCUGAUAAUUAUGAUUGAUUAUUAUAUUGAAUUCGAUUGUGAUUAACGAAUUAAAUAUCGUUUGUACUUUAAUUAUAUCUAUUAUUUUUUCAAAAAACUUGUGGCAUUUAAUAAUCAGGAAGGACAUUAUGUAACAUUUAACUUUAAAAAAAAAUCAGUUGCGCAGUUUUACAUUAUUGUGAAUUUACAAUGAAUGUGCGUAUAGAAAAAGAAUAAUAACACAUGACAUUUGUCAUUAUAAAUGACAGAAUUAAGACACGACGCAUUUAAAUUAUAAUAGAACCAAAGACUUUGCAUUAUGUAAACGCCAGUAUUGAGUCUCUUCCUUCGAUUCUAUUAUAGAAUUUUCUUUGUCGAAUAAUUGUUCGCUAUAAGCCAUUAUAUUUUUAAUCAUAGCGUUUUGUACGUCCUUUAUAUUUUCUAUAGAUUUAAGAAGUUUAAAACUACUCCUCCGAUAAAUAUAAUUUGGGUAUAUAUAAUGUGCAUUUAUUGAACGAUGUAUUUUAUCUGAUAAAAAAGAUCGUUAUUGCGUAUAGCACUAAAAAAAAAAAAUUAAGUGACAAAUAAGUGACGUGUAUUUUUCAAACUGAGAUAUUUUUGAAUAAAAGAAGAGUAGUAAAAUAGA